CGUUCAGCAAAGAUAUUCUGUGCAGGGAUCAGGAAAUAUUGCUACUCAGACCUAAUAUUCCAGUUUAUUUGAAACUACAGAGUAUAUGCCCUGGUAACACCAAAAAGCAUCCCUCUUCCGCGGCUCGUGGUGGUGCUGCCGAGUCACAUGCCUUUAAUACAGGGGUUUUUUCCUGCUCGGCUUCCGUCGCAUAUAUGACGUUUCCCAUUCUCAACUUCCUGUUACUUUGGUAAGUCCCGUUGUUGUUGUUGCGAGUUGACGUUAGUGAAGUUAGCUGAUGAACUGGCACAAACAAAUCGCGCCAUAAGAAAAGUGAUAUAAAACCGUGCGAAAACAAUGGCCGACAUAAAUAGACAACUUAAAGAAUACCUGGCACAGUCCAAAGGGAAUUCAAAGACGACAUCGCAGUCCAGCUCAAAUACCGUUGUCGACAUGGGUGAAACAGGCUCAGUGAACGGGAGCUGGUUUGGGAGCUGGUCGAGUCCAUUUUCGGGUCACAGCAACGGUGGCGGAACGGCCCAAGGUUCUAACACCGGCUUUUCCUGGCCCUGGUCCUCUGAACCUGACCCGUGUCUGCCGGGCAUGAGCCGUUCGCAGCGACUGGUCGCUUUUGGAGCAUGCAUUUUACUCUCCGCGCUCUGUUUCGGACUCUCUGCUCUCUACGCACCUCUGUUGCUCCUCAAAGCCCGGAAGUUUGCUCUUCUGUGGUCUCUUGGCUCGGUUUUCGCUCUCCUCGGCGCGGCUGUGUUGCGAGGACCCAGCAAAUUCAUAACGACUCCGACUCCGGGCGCUGCGGUGUACCUGUGCUCCCUCGCAGGCACGCUAUACGCGGCGCUAAGCCUCCACAGCACGCUGCUCACAGCCCUUGGUGCAGCUGUUCAGGUCGCCGCAAUCGUUGGCUACGUCGUUGCUUUGCUCCCCGGCGGAAGCAAGGGUAUACGAUUCGUUGGCGGCUUGGCAGCAUCGGCUAUCAAGAGGACGGUUUCGGGGAAGACCAUGCCGAUUUGACACGGACCAUAGAGGACUAGCUUGAUUGCUAGCGGACUUGAUGUGGGUGGUACCGUUUGCCAUGGUACACGCACACACCACACACAGAUGAGGGCAGACACGUGAUUCAGUCUGUGUAUUCUGUAUGUUUGUGAUUGACACCAACUUGUUGCAACACCUUAUUCUUGAGUAAAAUAAAGGCAAAGCGUUAUCACUUUGCCCCUGUCCUAGAUGAACUGGACGCGAAAGCACAGACAUUUGGGCGGUUGUGGAUUACAUUCACCUGGACGCAGAUGGAUAACUUGAAACACCGAGAUGUGACGCUCCGAGCGAGAUAGGCUGCAUUUACACAGGACUGCCGAAUAAGGGUAUUCAUUACAAAAACUGUGACGGGGGGGGGGGGGGGGGGGGGGGGUCAUGCGACUACAAUACUUAGCGGAAGCCACAGAUAUGACGCUAUGAGUUACAUGUACUUAAACACAUUUAAUUUAUAAAUUGACCGCAAAAUACAUUCGGCGUGAUUUUACUAACUACGACAUAUUCAAUAAAAUCCGAAAUAAUGCAGAAUGCCAUCAAAGACAGUUUUUGGUGAAAAAAGUCUCCAUAGUUGCAACAUUCUUUUUUGGGUGGAGGGUAAAAUCAAAGGCAUUUCAGUUUUUAAAAAGCCGGAAUACAUUCAAGCACGUAAAGAAUCAAUAUUUGUACCGUGGUUACGAUCUAAACAUCAGUCACUUGUCUCCAGUCUCACCCCCCCGACGCACUUCCUUGAAGCUGUGGUCACGGCUACAGUGUUAGCUUCAAUGGGGACUGGUCUGCGUGACUGUGCUUCAAACUGCUGCCCUGCAGACACCUUAAACCUGUCCAAUGUAACUGGAUAACUGUGGAUAAUAAAAUGGUUAAAGCAAA